AUGAAGUUUCUGAACCCAAUCGCUGUUGUACUCUCGCUUGUUUUGUCUGUCGCCCCUGUUGGGGUAGCAGCAGAGGCUGCAGCUGCUGAAAGCAGUUAUUUGAGGGGUGAGGAGGUCAAGUACCAAGGAUUAACUUUGUACGUGUCAAAGCCGCACAAAUCAUUGGGCUACAAGAAGCCAGGAAGCAGAACUGGCGUCCUCUUUCUGACAGACAUUUACGGCCUCAAACUCAAAGAGAACAAAGAAUUGGCCGACAACUUUGCCAAAGAGGGAUAUAUCACAGUCAUGCCAGAUCUCUUCAAUGGAUCACCCGCUCCAAGCGAGGAAACUCCUGGCUUUAACGUCACAGAGUUCCUCGCUAAGUACCCCCCAAGUGUGACCGACCCUGUUGUUGCCAAAGCAAUUGAAUACCUUCGGCAAGAACUCAAAGUCAACAAGGUUGCUGCCACUGGCUACUGUUACGGUGGAAGAUAUGUGGUCCGGGAACUUGACAAGAAGGGCGGAGCAGAUGUUGGCUUCACAGCGCAUCCUAGUUUAUUGCAGACUGAGGAGAUCCAGGCUAUCGUGAAACCCAUAUCCAUUGCUGGUGCUGCCGACGAUAAUAUCUUUCCUCAGCUGAGGCAAGCAGAAACAAACGCUAUCCUCACAAAGAUCGGAAAGCCGUUUUCUUCAACUUUGUACAGCGGAACGACUCAUGGAUUUGCGGUUCGUGCAAAUCUUUCGAAUCCGCAGCAGGCUUUUGCAAAAACAGAGGCGUUCUACCAGGCUGUCCGUUUCUUUGGAGCUUGGGACUAG